GAGCAGCCGCUACUGAGAGAGAGAGGGACGUCAAAACAGCAAUGCGAUGAUCACAAGGAUUACUUUGGAUCCGUGGUGGGAGCACUGAGGCUAAUACAGAGGAUCAGAGAGCUGACAUAGCUCACAUAUGGUACCAGGUGCGUGCUGGGAAUGUGUGCAGGAUGAGCAGCACAUUUGUCACAUUAGCUGAAGUACUGGAGGCACGAGGGGGACCUCUGCUGGAGGAGGAGGUCUGGUCCCUGCUGCUGGGCACUGCAGAGUCUUUAGUGGAUGUCUCUUAUAUGGGUCAGAACAAUAUGUGUAACAUCAUAAGCCCCACCUCCUUGCUGCUGUCAGCCACUGGUACCUUAGCGUUUAAGAAUUGUGGCCUAUCAGAUGAGGUAUCCACCUUCACUGCUCCAGAGAUGCUGCAGGGCCGUGCCAGCUCAACCAAACCUGCCAUAGAGAGGAUGCUGGUGUAUUCACUGGGUAUGACUCUCUACUGGUCAGUUGAUUUUCACCUACCUCAAAAUCAGCCAGUCCAGUUGAGCGACCAUCUAAACAGCCUCCUGCUCAGCAUGUGCGAGGACCUGGCCCACCGCAGGGUGAAUCUCAACGCCAUCCUGGAAGCCUGCGAAUCUCAGCAUAAAGCCACCGUCCUGCCGUCGCCCACCAAAGUCAUCAGACAGCUGGUGGAGGAGGUUUUUCACGAAUCAAUGGACCACGGCGCUCUGCCAGACAGUCACGUCCCGUUGAGUGGCAGGAGCCAGAUGAUCAGAGAGAGGCUUCAUGGAAAGAGAGGGCCGCUCUCAGACUUCAGCGAAGGCAGCGCUGAAGGGAGAAGAUACUCAACGGACUCUGACUCAAAGUCAGGGAGUUUACCUCAGAGACCUUGGAGACAAAGACCAAGGAGCUCUCCCACACCGUUGUACCAAUCUUCUUUAGACCGACUCCCUCGUGGGGUCCGUCACAGGGACAGCAACUGCAGUUGGCUCGGUAGGAGCCCCCACCACGACAUCUCUCCCAAGACAUCAGGCCGAUCUCACAGUCCCUCCAUCACCUUCAGCGAGUCCUCGAUCAGCCUGAGCCAGAGGAAAGCUAAGGCUUUGGGUCCUGAAUUCUUCAGAAUGCAAGACGAACAACACGUUGUUCUCGAUCUUCCAGGAUCCAUUGUGUCCAGAAAGGGCCGCUCGUGUUCGUCCCAGAGAGAAGUGACUGUAGUGCUGCCUAACGGACAGUACGUGGUGGUUCGCUGUGACAUCAAGUCCAAAGCCAGAGAUGUGUUCGACAUGGUGGUGGCUCACGCAAACUUGGUGGAACACUUCUACUUUGGACUCGCCUUCAUUGAUGAUGAUGAAUAUUUCUUCUUGGACCAUGAAACAAAAAUCUCCAAAAUUGCGCCUGACAGCUGGAAAAAAGGGCAGAUAUUCUCCUUUUUGGUGUUUCUUCGAGUCAAAUUUUUUGUUGAUGAUAUGUCCUUCAUUUUGCACAGACUGACUCGCCACCAGUACUACUUACAGCUGCGGAGGGAUCUCUUGGAGGACAGGCUUUACUGUAAUGAGGAGACGGGCUUGUUUCUGGCUGCUCUCGCUCUGCAGGCUGAAUUUGGGGAAUACAUGCCAGAGCUGUAUGGUAAGAAUUACUACCAGCCAGAGCAUUAUGUGUCCAAGAGGAUGCUGGAGAAGCUGGCGCUGCCCAACAUCAAGGAAGAGUUGCCAAGACUGCAUGCAAGUCAUGCCCAGAUACUGCCUGAAGAGGCAGAAAUAGAGUACCUAAAGAUUGCCCAGCAGUUACCAGAGUAUGGGGUCAUGUUCCACCGUGUGGGGAGAGAGAAAAGGACGGUGGUGGGAGAGUUGGUUUUGGGAGUCUGUGCCAAAGGAAUCAUUGUGUACGAGAUGAAGAACCACCUCCGGACCGUCACCAGACGCUUCCUCUGGAGGGAAACCGACACCAUAUCCACCGGGCGGCGUAAACUGAUCAUAGAGUGUGGCGGGCCCAGCGGGAAAAAGCACAGUUUUGUAACAGAGAGCACAAAAAUAGCACAGUAUCUCCUGAACCUCUGCUCAGCGCAACACAAGUUUCACAGCGAGAUGUCGUCAAGACAACUUAACCACACCAUGAUAUCAGAUGAAAACAUGGAUAAGUACGCGGCUGUCUACCGGGAUAGUAACUUGAACCUGAAGCGGAUGUCCUGCUCAGAGAGCAUGUUGAACCAUGUGGGUUUGACACCGGGUCAACCAGACUCCCUCUCCAAGUCCUGCAACAACCUGACCGCCAAGCUGGAGGCGAGGCUGUGCCAGCAGAGGGAGUUGAGGAGGGAGAUGAGCAGAGAGCUGAACAAGGAGCUCACUGAAACAGGAGACCUCAGGGACGGGAAAGAGCAGCAGUGUUGGAGCACUCCAGAGUCAAUUCCCAGAAUGAUGUCCAGUGUCUCACUACAGAAGCAGGACUCGGACGCUUCCUCCAUACGAGUUGAUACACCGACCAGGACCCCGCCAGAGAGAGAGAUCGUCUGUGUGACCCUGAAGAAAGAUGUCAAACUGGGCUUCGGCUUUGUGAUCGUGGGCGAGGACAAUACGGGUAAACUUGACCUUGGGAUCUUCAUUGCUUCCAUUGUGCCUGACGGACCUGCGGACAAAGAUGGACGAAUCAAACCUGGUGGACGUCUCAUCUCUCUAAACAAGACUAGUUUGGAAGGAGUGACGUUCAGUGACGCCGCUGCCAUCUUACAGAGCAGCCCUGAUGAGGUGGAGCUCAUCGUGUCCCAGCCUAAACAGACUCUGAAGGACCGGAGGUGUUCCUUGAGUCAAAGCACUCUGGGUUUGGCGUUGGAAAGGGGCUUCGGGUCACAGACGACACUGAGUGGCAGCGAGUACCGUCCCGUCAUGGAGGAACUGGAGGAGGCCAUCUCUCUGUCCAACAUGGCAACCUCAAAACAGAACAGGAGGCUUCACAUUCCUGUUGUGCGAAUACAUGACGCCCAGGAUGUGUGCUCCAGGUCCCCCUCUAUCUUAAGUUUGAGAUCUGGGGAACGGUUUAUAGUGGAACUGAAGAAAAGCAGUGGUAGUCUUGGCAUCAGUGUUGCUGGAGGAACAAACACCAGUGUGCGAUUUGGAGGCAUUUACAUCAAGAGUCUGGUGCUUGGAGGUGCUGCAGAGCAGGACGGGCGCAUUCAGAUCGGUGACAGACUGCUGGAGGUUGAUGGGUCCAACCUGAGGGGCGUGACUCACCACCAAGCUGUCGAGUGCCUGAAGAGGACUGGGGAGGCGGUGAGCCUGCUGUUGGAACGGGAGCCCACAGUAAUCUUGGAGCCCAGACCUGACUCACCCUGCCUCCCCUUGGCCCACAGUUCAUCACAUACACAGCCCCCCAGGACUGAAGUAUCCAUGGAAACGACCUUGAGUGGUCGAGCCAAGGACUACAGCUUUGUGACUGAUGAAAACACGUACGAAGUGGUGCUGAAGAAGAGUCUGUCUGGCCUCGGCUUCAGCUUCAACAUAUCGCAUCUGCACUCGGGGCCGGACCGUGGCAGCGUGGUCCGCAUCAAACGUCUGUUCCCAGGUCAGCCAGCGCUAGAGAGUGGCUUGCUGCGAGAGGGAGACAUCAUUCUGUCCGUCAACAGAGAGCAUGUCAAGGACCUCUCUUACCAGAGGGUUUUGUUCCUGCUACGUGGAGCUCCAUCUGAAGUUCAUCUGCUGAUCUGCCGACCAUGUUCUGGAUUGCUGUAUGAUGUAGAUGACAACACACUGACUCCUGCAUCCUUCCGUGAGGCUCGAUCUCAGUCUCUGGACAUCCGUCUAGGAGAUGACUACAGCCAGCUCCUUAAGUUUCAAUAUGAUCUCAAAAUAUCUGCCCAGAAGCAGGUCACCAGCCACGAGGAAGAUCUGACAAACACAGCAGAGAAAAGCUCGGAUCCUCCUGCAGCUCCAGCGCCCCCGGAGACUCAGGAGAGACCGGAGAGUAAAGUGCAGGUCCACCAGACUCCCCCGUCUCGUCCUCGCUCACCCCCGUCGGCCACCUCACCUACAUCGCCUCCGUCACCAGUCUCACCAGCCUCACCUGCCUCCCCACUAUCACCUUCCUCACCUGCCUGUGGCUCUCCAGCAGCUCCACAAGAGUCACAACCAACCACCGGGAAACCAGAAGAACAACAGGAAGUAGAAGCAAAGAAGAAGAACAAGGACGGGGAAGAGGAGGUUGCAACGACAGCAAGCUCGACUGUGAUGCUUAUAGACGUCUGUCCUAAAACUGGUUCAAACUACACAUAUGCCAGUGGAGUCAGAGAGGAGGCUGAUGGAAGUGUGACCUACUGCCUGAUGGGAAAUGGACUGACCAUUAUGGCAGAUGAGGAGUACCUGACCAUCAGCUCCACACUGGAGACUCCUCACAGCCUUCCCUCCGAUCUGGCCAUUCAUACUCCGACAACCAACCUCGCAGGCCUCCACUCUCAAACCUCCAACAGCUCCUCUGGUUUCAGCUCUCACAAUCCAGGCCUCGGCCCUCACGUCCCCGCCAACACUACCACCGUCUCGCCCCGCAGCCUCUCGUCCGACACCCCGACCACCUGCUCCCUGGCCCACCGGCCCCAGCCGCUCACAACCCAGCCGCCGAAAGCCAAGCACCACCCGAUCCAGCAGGGGCUUCUUCCGAGUCACUACAAAGCCAUGUCCAAGAACAGCAGGUCUAUGUUGCCCCCACCCCAGCCUCCUGCUCCACCGCCGACCCCCAUCACAGCCCAGGUGGUCCCGUCCGUGCCUCCCUGUACCAGUCCACCUGCCCUGACGCCGCCCCCCUCAAUGCUGCCCCCUCCUGCCCGGAGCCACUCACAGCUGGUGUGUGGGACUGAGGAAGAGCCAGAGAAGAAAGAGAGAGAAUACAAGGAUGAUGAUGAACUGGAUGAUGAGGAGGAGGAAGAGAGUCGAAGAAAGGGAUUGGUUAAAGAGUUUGAGCUGACGGUGAUUCUGAGCAAGUCCAGGAGUGGAAGCUUUGGGUUCACCAUCGCUCGAAGCAAGCUGGACAACUGCUACUACAUACAGGAUAUACUGGACAACCCAGCCAGGGCAGAUGGACGCCUCAGGGCAGGAGACAGGCUCAUCACAGUAAAUGGACAUGAUGUUACCAGUGUGGCAGAUGAUUAUGCCAUGACGAUUCUAAGGUCAUCUCCGAGAAGGCUGAGUAUGACUUUGGGGAGGUCCGUCACCAACCUGGUGGCCCCGCCUUCCUGUGACAGUCUGCCUGAUGUAGUUCUCUACAAGACACCCUCAGGACAGCUGGGUAUAAAGCUGACAGGAGGCAUUGGCAGCAAAUGGCAGGGCAUCUACUGUCUGCAGGUGGUGCCGGGCUCCCCAGCCAGCGAGGAGGGCAGCGUCCAACCCAACGACAAGAUCCUCUACAUCUGCGGCAGGUGCACCCUGGGAAUGACCCUGGAGGAUGCAGUCAAAGCCUGUGAGAUCGCCCCUCGUAAAGUCAAACUUAAAAUCUUCAGAGAAGACCAGCCAGUGAACCCCAAGGCCAAGUGGAACGGUCUGUUUGACUGGAAAAAGGACAAGAAGUUCUUUGCUCGUUUUGAAGAGCCCGUCUCUCCAGAGAAAGACUGUCCUACUGAAGAUGCUGAAGAUGUUCGUAGGCCUACUGGAAAUUUCAGAUGUGCCUCUCUCACACAAGAACACCACGAUAGUUGCAUCACGCAAGUGGAGUUCACCAAACCAGAAGGAGGAGGCCUCGGCUUCGCUUUGAUCGGGGGAACCAAUGGCAGCAUGCUCAGAGUGAAGGAGAUCUGCUCUGGUGGAGUAGCUGAGCAGGACGGUCGGCUGAAAGUGGGAGAUAUUCUGUUAGAGGUGAACGGUGUGAUUGUGUCGGGGCUGAGCCACAGCAAGGUGGUGGAUAUCCUGCGUAAAGCCGAGGGCACUGUGCAGCUCACCAUCUGCAGAGACAUCCUGCCCCUGACCUACUCCGAGUCACCUACACCGCCCAACAUGUCCGCUCAUACUGAGGCUAUUUUAGCCGAGCAGCCGGCUCCUGUUUCCAGCCCUGACGCCUGCUCCUCACCUGACAUCAUGCUGAAUAAGCCAGUUGAGCGCCCCCCUGAGGCGACUUCAGACCCUGUGGUCCAUGAGACUAGUGCGCUCAUCACCUCACCACCUCCUCCACCACGCCGACUGACUGUCGUAACAGACGACACUUUACUCGCACAGGAGAGCUGUAACAGCACGCCUUCUCAUCAAGCUUGCUGCCCAUCCCUCAAUGUCACUGACAUGUUGCAUGGAGCUUCUGAAAGGAAACGACUUGUGACCAAACUUUUGGACCAGUCUUGCAAAGACAUCCGAAAAACCCAGUCGGACGGCUGGAGCAGCGAAGAGGAAGACGAUGAUGUGUUUGACGCCACCGGUUUGGAAACGACCUCACCCCAAACAGGCCCUCCCAUAGUAUCAGAGGAGGAACUGGCCAGUUUAGCUCUUAUUAGCCCCUCUAAGACCAGCCAGUAUUCAGGCUCCAGGGUCAAAGCUCUCAUCCAGAUUCUGCAGCAUCAACUGGACCAGCAGGAACUGGUCAAAGAGUUCAUGGCUCUGGAGCAUCUGAAACCCUCUGACAACUGUCUGGUGGGAAAAGCCCCCGAGAACCGAGACAAGAACCGCUACAGAGACAUCCUACCCUAUGACGAAACCCGUGUUGCCAUUGGAGACAACCGGGACUACAUCAACGCCAGCUACAUCCGCAUGCGAGUCGGCGAUGAAGAGUUCGUCUACAUCUCCUGCCAGGGCCCUCUGCCUACAACAGUGCCGGCCUUCUGGCAGAUGAUCUGGGAAAACAAAUCUGACAUCAUCGCCAUGAUGACCCAGGAAGUAGAACGGGGAAGGAUCAAAUGUCAUAAGUACUGGCCAGAGAAGCUGGCCGUGCCUCUGGACACCGGCAGGUACCAGAUUCACCUGGAGAACCAACAGCACCUGGAGUACUUCCACAUCAAGGUCAUCCGCAUGGUGGAGAUAGAGACCGGUGAGACCCAUUUCGUCCGUCACCUGAAGUUCACACACUGGCCUGACCACGGAGUGCCGAAAAGCUCCGAGCAGCUUGUUCGCUUCAUCCGCUACCUGAGGGCCGUGCACCACGAGGGACCGGUCACUGUGCACUGCAGCGCCGGCAUCGGACGGACAGGAGUUCUCAUCUGCACUGACGUUGUGAUCAGCCUCAUCGAGAACGACUUGCCUAUCAACGUGAGCAACGUCGUAAAAGAGAUGAGGCUUCAGCGGCAUGGGAUGAUUCAAACCAAGGAACAGUACUUCUUCUGCUACAAAGUCUGGUUGGAGGUUUUACAGGGCAUUUUACAGCUUCACGGCAACCAAUGGCAACCGGAAAGUCCCCGAGACCACAAAGUAGUUUGAACGUUUCCACCUCCAGUUCACCUACCUGUAAAGCACAGACUGUGUAUGAUGGGCAGUCUAUCAAAGCAUAGACUGGUGGUACCUUUUUCUUUGGCUGUAGUUAGUUUAGUUAGCUAGAAAUAAGAAACCUGUUCUCUGUUUUGAUACUUUGUGUUGAGGAGGCCUAUUGUUUAGUUACAAUAACUUCAACUUUAAUGUUUUUGUUCUUGUAUGUGCUCUCGGUGCUGUGAUUAUGUCAAUUUAAUUUAGAUCACUGAGGUUGUUUUUGCCUUUUCAGGCUUAGUGAUUUGCCUUCUGUCUCUAGCAUCUUUUUUAAAUUUUGUGUCACUAUUUGAAUGUAUCUCAUUUGUUUUUUCUCCAUGUCCUAUAAUUUGCAAAUUGCAUUUAUUUUUAACAGUCACACUGCAUGGAAUUUAAAAUCUGGUAUUAUUCACAUCUUUUAUCUGGCAGUAAUGUCAUCGAAGUGAACAUACGAUCAUCAUACCAAAGGGAGUAUCUGUUUGUGACCUUGAUGAGUAGCAUUUGAUUAAGCAUUGUGUUAUCAUUUCAUUAAGUGCAUUUUGUACCCUGGAGAAAAGGGCAUUAGCAAAAGAACACUAUUGAUUUUUCAGUUCAUCAUCUGCGGAAAUGAAAAGAAUCAAGUGCCUUGGAAUGACUCACACCGACCCCGAACCACUUGUCACAAGCGGUCGGGAGACGGAGAGCAAGAAACUGAUUUGAGAGCACCCGGCGGUGGUUAGAUUGAAUGUCUGUUUGUGGUCUGAAGUGGAUGUUUGGUUGAUCCAAACCAGAGGAGGAUUACAUCUCACUUUUUAGUUAUUGUAACGUAGAAACAAUGUGAAGUUUGCACACCGCCUGUCAAUCUUUUUUCGUUUGUGGGCCCAUUUUAUACAAAACACUAUCGCAACAAAAGUCUUACUACACAUAAUAAUCACAACUUGCACACCCUGAUACAGAUAAAGAAUGAUUCGACAUAACAAAUGCUUUGGAUGAAUUCAUCAAUUUUCAAUUCACUCUUUUACUAAAAUUUGGACGAGGCGUUGACACUACAGAUUUUUUGUAGAAUGUACAAAACUGAUUUAAAUAGUUAGUUGCUAGGUGUAAUUUGUUAUGUGACAACAUCCUUUAUCUGUAUUCCAUAGCUAUUUUAAUACAAACUCAGCCAAAAAUGCAAAAAAAAAAAAAGAUAUUAUGAGGUUUACAAACUUUCCAUUUUGCCACUUUAGAUGUAUAUGAUGUACAAAGAAAGCAACAGAGCUGCAUCUCUGAGUCACGGAUCAAAGAGGAUUUAUAGCUGCUGGUUUGAACCUCAACCUUUGGAUGUAACUGCUUGUGAGCUUUGUUCUUUUAGCUGCUAUCACACACACACACACACACACACACACCAGCUCUCCUAUUGCAUGCAGACUCUUAAAGUGCAGAGACGUCUGAGCCUGGAGUUUGGCCGAAUGACUUGAUCAAAAUGUGGAAUGUAACAAAGCAAUACUCUCCACGAGGGAUGGGGAGAUCAGAAUGUCAACCUCUUACCCGAUAACAGCGUCCAAACUGUUUGGAGCAUGUUGGUAAGACACAUGCAGUACUGUACCUUCGCCAUGUGGAUGGCUACGCAGAGCCAUCAGCCUCUGUACUGUGUAUGCAACAUCUUUUCAUCAACGCUGCUCGGUUGGUUCCCAGCGAUAGGUAACCCUCUGUUAUGUGCAAGUUCUCUUUGAGACCCUGUUAAUAAUGUUUUCUCUCGCUCAGAUCUUGGAAAAAUACUUAUUCUUGAAAGAACAAACAAAAGCACAUUUUGCAUUCAUCUGUGAAAAUGCAUCUUGUACAGCUGAGCAAGUGCUUAUGCAAUAGCAUUGUGAAAUGUAAUAACCCUUAAUUGCACAACUGCUUAUUUAUGCUAUAAAUUAAUCUCUUGUCACUGUACCAGCCACUAUGUAACCAAUAACUGAGAACAAUGUAAUACCUCUCUCUUUAAUUAAAAACUAUUCUGAAA